AUUUUAAUUUUAUUUAAAAUUAAUAUUUUUUUUUUUUAUUUUUUGGCGUUUGCUAUAUUUAGAAUGUAUUCAUUCAAAUUUUCAAUAACUAUAAUUAUAUUUAAUUUAACUCUAUUUGUUGUGAAAGCAAACAGUUUUUGCAUUGAGGGCAUAAAAAAUUCAAACAAUAAUUUACAAUGUGAUAUUACAGGAAAAAUAGUGUCUGAAAAUGAAAAGGAAACUUUAAAAAAAAUAUGUGAUAAAAAGCCUAAGUUUUUCAACGAUACGCAAAUUAUAACAUUAAAAAAUGGAACAUUUAAAUCUUUUAAAAGAUUAAGUUGUAGCUCUAAUUUAACUAAUAUUGAAUUAGUUUGGUUAUCAUAUGACGAUGAACAGAAUAAUUUUUUAACAAAUAUAAAUAAUCACUAUGAAAUUAUAGCAAAAUCAACAAAUGAUUCUCUAUCUGACACAACUAUUUGCUCUUUUACAACGAAACAUAAAAACUGUGGAAUAGAAUUUCAGAAUGAAAGCACGGUAAUUAUUUCACAUUUUAAUUUACUAGUGGAAUUGCUUCCGAUUCAACUCACAAUUUCGAAUAUCACUUAUAAGCCAUGGAAAAAUAUUACAAGUUCAGGAUAUCCGAUACCUAUGAGUGGGAAAAUUUAUUUGUUAAACCAUCAAUCAACUUUUCAAAAGCUCUUCGACACAAUUAAAUACUCAUAUUUUGAAAAAAUUUCGGUAAAUUUAAGUAAAAUCCUACCAACAUCAGAUGAAAAUAAUUUAGAAAUACCAGGAAAAAUUAACUACAAUGGAAAUUUAAUUGAUAUUGAGAAUGAUGGAAGUGCCUAUGCUCACAAAAGCAAGGAAUUUACAUUUUCCCGAACAUUACCACCUUUUAGUGGAGAAAAUGCGACAUUGAUAGGAGAGUGGUCAACAUUCAUUGUGGAGUUCUCAGCUAUAAUUAUAUAUGAUUAUGGAAGCGGACACAUCAAUCGACCUUUCGUACCUAUCGACAAUAUUAAAAUGGUUGUAAAAACUAUUACCAAUAUAGAUAUUGAGUUUGAAGGUCCAUCAUCGUUGAAUUAUUCCACAUCACCAUUGCAUAAAACACAAUUUCAAAAAAAUUAUAAUGAAAUUAAAGAUGAAAAAUCGCAUGUAAAAAAAACAACAAUUACACACAAUGCAGACAAAAUUGAAGUGAACGAACCAAACUCCUCUGGUCAUGUUUACCCCAAUUUUUACCCAUGGUUCGUUGGAAGUUGCAUACUAAUUGCUUUAACAUGCUGUAUAGUUUUUGGAAAUAUGAUCAAUAUUGUAAUUAAAGAAAAGAACUUAAAACGUCGAAGAUAUAGAACGGGAUCAUUGAUGUAAAAAAUUUUAAAUAAACUUGUUUUGGAAUAUUACUAAUAAAUAUAAA